CCCGCUCCCAGCCUCAUCUCGAAGUCGAAGCCCUACAAAAUGGCGGAAGUCGAGAGGUCGUGGACGGACGAGCAACUGCACAGCGAAGCCGUUUCUAAGAAGGAUAUUAUAAAGUUUUUGCAUGAGCAUGCAUCAUUUGAGGUAUUGAUAGAAAAAAAUUCACGUCUUUUUGUAGUUGAUGAUUGCGUUUUUGUAGUUUUUCACACAACGUGCAGUGGCUCACAGGCCCCAUUCAACAAACAAUGAAAAGUUCUGUCUUCUGUAGGUGGAAACAAAACAGUGUUUUAAUUAACGAUCGAACCAACAGGCUUGAUUUAAACCAUCUUUGUUCCUUUUGACAUGAAUAUCUGCUAAUAUCUAGCGGUUUUUUGUGGAAAUUAUUGUUGUUUUCGUGUUUCUUUUUUUGUCAUUUUGGCAUUUUGCGCGUGGCGGUGUGUGUGACCCACCCCCAGCCCACCCAUUUCGCUUGUUGAUGUUGCAUCUUUUUACACUUUUGCCUCCUCCGCCGAUAGUUAUGUAGUUAUUUUCAAUUUUAUAUUUUUAGUUUCUCAAAGAGCACAAGUUGAAUGGGAAACUGAACAACAUUGCAAAGACCAGUAAAAAAGAUCAUCUAAUUGAAAGCUACAAACACCUGUUUGAAGUCAAGGUUAGUUAUCACACUGAAUAGGUAGUUACAGGAUAUGUUGGAUAAAUUGCAGAAUUUAUCUGCAACUACAGGAGUGAACCUCCGAAACACCCACUGCAGGGUCCAUGAUCUCUGUUUUCUUUUUGUUGUCGUAACCCUUUAAACCCCUAAGAUCAAAAUUUGAAUUCUCAUUUGUUGUCCCUAUUCAUUUCCAACAGAAGUAGUGGGGAGAAGUUGAUAAAAUAUCAAGCAAAUUCAUCUUGUGUGAUCAUGUCCUUAAUUCUCAUGACCACUGUGUUAUACAAAGCAUUGAUAUUACAAGGAGAAAUUGGAUGCUGAUCACUCUUAGGGCUUAAAGGGUUAAGUACACAAGAAACUACUCCACAUGGGUUAUUAUAAUAAGUUAUUUACAUUGGCAGAUCCAGGAUACACUUCAGUAUUGCUGUCAGACCACAGGAUUUUUUUUAGUGUUAACUAGAUGCUCUAAAGCACUUGUCUAAUCAUAGCAUGCACAGUAACAGAGAGACAAUAACAAACAAGAGAGACUUCAAUAUUAUUGUUCUAGGCAUUUCGUACUGAGAAUGAAGCUGCCCUUGAAGAUGAACUGAAAGAGGCAGCAGAACAGGCAGCAGCUAUGCGCAUCACUGAAAAGAAGAAAGAAAGAAAGAGUUCAGAAUCAAAGGACCACAAAAAGGAGGUAUGUUCGUAAAUAGAAGUUCAGAACUAAACUGGCCUAACCUCCAAAGAACAAGAUGUAUAACAAUAAUUAAACAUCAGAGACAGCUGCAGUGCUAGUUAUGAUCAGGAUAGAAGAAAGAAAAAACCUCUAUUAAUCCAGUCACUACAUGAACUGGAAUUUCCUGAUGAGUAAAAAGAGAGGAACAAAGGGGAACAAUGGCCAAAGAAAAAGAAUAUAUAUCUGUGAGAUACGGAAUGGAUAUUUUCACUGUUGUGAAUAUUGUAUCAUUAAUUAUAAAACAUGUAUGUUUACUUCAAAUCCACCACCCAUCAAAGGCUAUAUAAUGAUUACCGAAUGGCUAAUGGCUAGAAGAAAAUACUCACCAUCAUGUUUAUAAGCCCAGACCUUUUAAAGUUUGUUCUGGAAUUUAAUAUCCUCAGGAGCCAAAGUUCACCAAGAAAAUCUUAAAACAUGGUGAUAAGACAACGUAUCCAUCCAAAGGUGACAGAGUGUCAUGUUUCUACGCUGGCAAACUGGAAAAUGGAGUUGUAUUUGACAGCAAUAUGCCUGGAACAAGUAUGUGAGUUUGAGUAGCUUAACCCCAUUUUAGGGCUGCCAUUAAGGGCUGGGGGCUGGGAAUUUUCCCCAGCUAUUAUGAACGUAAUCCCCGCCUGCUUUUGUAGAAAAAUAGAAGAAAACUAGAACCAAACAAAAUCCGUAGUUGUUGGAUUCCCUGUCUACUUGAUCAUUAGCCCACACCUUAAAAUUUUUAAUGACAGGCCUGCCAAUUUGCUUCUGGGAAUUUUCCUGAAAAUCUUGUUUUGAAGCUAAUAAUCCAUUUUCUGGUCACUGUCUGGCUAUCAAAAGCUAAAACUGCCACAAAGCUGUUCACAGGUCGCACACUUUGCUGCUCUCUGAUCCAGAUGCAAAAGAUUAACAUGCAAAGUCCAGGCAUGUACAGAAAGCAAAAUUUCAGGACAGUGUUUGGAUAAUUAAAAGUGACAGAGCAGUCUUGAAUUUUUCUUUUCGCUUUCUCACCUCCCCUCUCCUUUUGCUUUUCUUGCCUCCUUUUUACUCAUUUGCUGGGCAUUUAGUAAUUAUCUUCAUUUUGGUGGGAGCAGUUUUUGCUAAAGCUUUUAGGAUGUUAGGAUUAGAUGAAAGGAAAGUAUAAAAUAUAAGGUGGGUAGUGGAUGACAGGAUUUUCAUGGGAAUUUGCAGGUCAACGUUACAUGGUUUUUUUCCCCUUUUUGUUGGUUCUCCUUGACUGAAUGCUGCUCAAUCUGGUAUGGUUUGAAAGAUCUCUUCACCCCGCUAAAAUUAGCUGAUAAAGCUGUCCUUGACCUUUAAAAACUGAUGACAUCACAAGUACGUAGUACAGGGGACAUGGAUCUGCACGGGCGGUUACAGGUGGUUCAGGGACAAAUGGAUUAAUCAGGUCCAGUGGCCUGUGGGUGUAGCCAGCAGCUCACAGGCUAUGCGGGUGGGUUUCAUUUCAUUAACAGGAGGUUUAAUCAUUGAAUACUCUUGGGGGAAAUAUUGUUAUUAUUUUAAAUUUUUUUCACCACUAUUUAUAAAGUUCAAAUGUUUCAUCUUUGGUUUAAUUGUCUUGUCUUUUCCCGUUGUUGUUAUUCAGCUGCAGUUGGAAAAAAGAAAAGCAAAGAUGAAGGAAAACCAUUCAUUUUUCCAGUGGGAAAAGGACUCGUUAUCAGAGGGGUGAGUUGAAAAGUAUUGCUCAUCCUGUAAGAUUCAACUUUUAGCAAUAUUUCUUGUGUCCGGUGUAUAACACUUGAAUGAGAAGAGGUGGUGGAGGAAACUUUUUAUUCUUCAAUUAUGUUGUCACAUGCAUGAUGUGCUGCCUUCUUUUGGAAGAACCUGUCCUGCUGGCUGACAUGCUGGGAAAUCUGCUCAGCUUCAUCUCAGAAAAAGGGUGGAAAUAUCAGAAAAAUAAAGAUACAUCUUACUGCCAAGUUGCUGUAUAAUGAACAUCAUGUGACGUGUUUGAAUACACAAUGAUUAAUAUUAAUAAAAGUUAAUCCUGAAAAUCAUGCAAGACAAAGGAAUAUAAAACAAGUAAUAAUUUAUUUCAACAUAUAAUUAAGCCUCAGGAAGCUCAGUACACACAGCACCAAUGCUUGUGCGGUGGGGCUACCCAUAAGUAUGCUCCAAUCCAGGGGGGGUGCUUUAGGAAUUUUUGGGUGGGGAUGUGCCGCUGAGACCCUGGAACCGUUAGCCUAUACCAGAGCUAGUUCAAGUGAAUUUUGCUACCCUAUACUAGACUAAACUCCCCAAAUCCCCUCUAUCCUAGAGCAGCUCUUUUCCAGAAACUACUGAGGUCACUCGCUUUUUUAUAUUUUGGAGUGGCAAUUCGCAGUUUCCCUAGUCUAGACUAAAAUCUUCAACCAAUUGAUCAGUUUCCUAGAAAAUGAUACCCUAUUCUAGACCUAAACUGUCUCAUUUAUAUACCCUAUCCCAGAGUAAACUGCUUGAAAACCAUACCCUUCACAGCGGCACAUACCUAUAAUUAUUAUAGCCCAUGUAUGGCAGAGAUCUUAAUGUAGGGAUAACCUCGUGAUCUUCCCUCAAGUGCGGUAAUGGCUACCUGUAGACAGUGUAUGUAUAUUUAAUCCUUAUAGUGGAUUGAAUUAUUGUAAUUUUAGUGGGAUGAAGCACUUAUGACAAUGACGAAAGGUGAGAAGGCAGAGCUGACCAUUGAGCCAGAAUGGGGCUAUGGUAAGAAAGGAAACAUUGAUGCUGGGUAUCCUUUGAUUAAAGCUGCAUGUACUGAAACACUGAUUGCCAAG